GUGCGCAUGUGAACUUGGGUGACUUUGACAUCCGGUUUGUCUGCUUUCGGUGAAGAGCAUGCAAGUGUGCCCGAAAAAUGGCAUUUCACGUUCGACUUUCAAAUCAUAAUCUAUUCAAACUGUCAAAAAUCAGGGCUCUACCCUUUGCAACACAGGCUGAUGACAAAGUUUUCGAACGAAGACAAGCCGAUCCUUCUACAGAACAUGUUUAUAAAACCUGUCCAGCAUCUGUACGUAACAGAGCCUCACUGCAUGAUAAACAUCUAUAUAUGACAAGGCUUCAACAGAAUACAGUUCGGUCAAAGUCAUCAGAAGACAAGUCAAGGUCACUUCAUAGUGACACACUAUCAAGCUUGUUGUUGUCAGUUUAUAACAUUGGUUUUCAAGAUGGUGAAAAGUUCAGCCAAAAUUGUCAAUGCGGGUCAAGGUCAUGUCCUUGCCCUUCAGACCAAGGAACAAGGUCAUUGGAGGGACGAAAUGCUUGCUUACCUGAAAUUAGUCUGGAAAAGUGUUUCUUGCCUAUGACCUUGACUGACCUUGAAAACCUGUUUCAGGGUCAUAGUAAGAGCAAUGUUGUUGAAAAAGCGGAGAAUCAGUGCAUCGCUGAAUUCGUCAAGGCUGUUUCAUACUCAGAGGAUGACAUUCUUGCUUUUGAAAGCAACAAAAACAGGUCACAGGGGAUGUCUAGGGACAUUAUUAGUCAUGAAAAUCAUGAUGUAACAGUACUACAGGACAAUGUUAGCCAUAUGAACACCGUGAACAUUAGCUGUCAGGCCUUGCCUGAUGUCCACACAGUGUUUUGUGAUGGAGCUGGUGAUGAGGCAAACAAAGGUCAAGGUCAAGGGCCAUCGGAGGAGCAGCUGCUUGUUGUUCAUAACUUUUUCGAACGAACUUUGCCAGAUUUCUUGAAAUCGAAGCAAGACUACAGGAUUUAUCAUAAAGACAUAAUAUUCGAGAACAAUUACUUUGGGAAAAAUGUUUCAACUCAGGGAAUAACAGCCUACGUGACCCAGGUGACGAAGAUCCGCAUCCUGACACACUUCAUGUACGCCCACGCUCAGUUCAAUGUGCUGAAGAUCACUCAUCACCCCGACGACGGGACAGUCCGCAUCCGAUGGCGGAUCAGCGGUCUGCCACAGCUCAAGACGCUUCUCAUCUGGAAGUUCAUGCCGUGGAACUAUCGGAAAAACCGAGAUGCUAAUUCAGAAUGGCACGAUGGGUUUUCCAUAUUCACUGUUGGCUCUGAUGGCUUUGUCCAUAAACACCGGGUCGACCGGGUUAUGAAGGACGAGGAGCUGCAGAUGGCCAAGCCAGCCAGCCUGGCAGCCCGACUCUCCAUCAUGCUGGGACUCGCCCCUAAACCCAGCCUCAACGACUUCAGCUCACUCUUCCUGAAGAGGACAUCGUUUGCACCCAAGUAGUUUGCCUGUAUACAUAACCAUAGAAUAAAGUGUGUACUGCUUGGGAACUGCUAUUGAAAUAUAUGACGUGAAAUUCAUAGUUAAUAGUCUGUGUGACGAAGGGUUAGGAAACAGGCACUUGUAUGUAUGUCUUGGUAUGAAUGUCGCUACAGGACAAGAGUUGUUGUCAGGAAACAGGCACUUGUAUGUAUGUCUUGGUAUGAAUGUCGCUACAGGACAAGAGUUGUUGUCAGGAAACAGGCACUUGUGUGUAUGUCUUGGUAUGAAUAUCGCUACAGGACAAGAGUUGUUGUCAGGAAACAGGCACUUGUGUGUAUGUCUUGGUAUGAAUGUCGCUACAGGACAAGAGUUGUUGUCAGGAAACAGGCACUUGUAUGUAUGUCUUGGUAUGAAUAUCGCUACAGGACAAGAGUUGUUGUCAGGAAACAGGCACUUGUAUGUAGGUCUUGGUAUGAAUAUCGCUACAGGACAAGAGUUGUUGUCAGGAAACAGGCACUUGUAUGUAGGUCUUGGUAUGAAUAUCGCUACAGGACAAGAGUUGUUGUCAGGAAACAGGCACUUGUAUGUAUGUCUUGGUAUGAAUGUCGCUACAGGACAAGAGUCGUCAGGAAACAGGCACUUGUAUGUAUGUCUUGGUAUGAAUGUCGCUACAGGACAAGAGUUGUCAGGAAACAGGCACUUGUAUGUAUGUCUUGGUAUGAAUAUCGCUACAGGACAAGAGUUGUUGUCAGGAAACAGGCACUUGUGUGUAUGUCUUGGUAUGAAUGUCGCUACAGGACAAGAGUUGUUGUCAGGAAACAGGCACUUGUAUGUAUGUCUUGGUAUGAAUAUCUCUACAGGACAAGAGUCGUCAGGAAACAGGCACUUGUAUGUAUGUCUUGGUAUGAAUGUCGCUACAGGACAAGAGUCGUCAGGAAACAGGCACUUGUAUGUAUGUCUUGGUAUGAAUAUCGCUACAGGACAAGAGUUGUUGUCAGGAAACAGGCACUUGUAUGUAUGUCUUGGUAUGAAUAUCGCUACAGGACAAGAGUUGUUAGGAAACAGGCACUUGUAUGUAUGUCUUGGUAUGAAUAUCGCUACAGGACAACAGUUUUUGUCAGGAAACAGGCACUUGUAUGUAUGUCUUGGUAUGAAUAUCGCUACAGGACAAGAGUUGUUAGGAAACAGGCACUUGUAUGUAUGUCUUGGUAUGAAUGUCGCUACAGGACAAGAGUUGUUGUCAGGAAACAGGCACUUGUGUGUAUGUCUUGGUAUGAAUAUCGCUACAGGACAAGAGUUGUUGUCAGGAAACAGGCACUUGUAUGUAUGUCUUGGUAUGAAUAUCGCUACAGGACAAGAGUUGUUAGGAAACAGGCACUUGUAUGUAUGUCUUGGUAUGAAUAUCGCUACAGGACAACAGUUUUUGUCAGGAAACAGGCACUUGUAUGUAUGUCUUGGUAUGAAUGUCGCUACAGGACAAGAGUUGUUGUCAGGAAACAGGCACUUGUAUGUAUGUCUUGGUAUGAAUGUCGCUACAGGACAAGAGUCGUCAGGAAACAGGCACUUGUAUGUAGGUCUUGGUAUGAAUAUCUCUACAGGACAGGAGUUGUUGUCAGGAAACAGGCACUUGUGUGUAUGUCUUGGUAUGAAUAUCGCUACAGGACAAGAGUUGUCAGGAAACAGGCACUUGUAUGUAUGUCUUGGUAUGAAUGUCGCUACAGGACAAGAGUUGUCAGGAAACAGGCACUUGUGUGUAUGUCUUGGUAUGAAUGUCGCUACAGGACAAGAGUCGUCAGGAAACAGGCACUUGUAUGUAGGUCUUGGUAUGAAUAUCUCUACAGGACAGGAGUUGUUGUCAGGAAACAGGCACUUGUGUGUAUGUCUUGGUAUGAAUAUCGCUACAGGACAAGAGUUGUCAGGAAACAGGCACUUGUAUGUAUGUCUUGGUAUGAAUAUCUCUACAGGACAAGAGUUGUUGUCAGGAAACAGGCACUUGUAUGUAUGUCUUGGUAUGAAUAUCGCUACAGGACAAGAGUUGUCAGGAAACAGGCACUUGUAUGUAUGUCUUGGUAUGAAUAUCUCUACAGGACAAGAGUUGUUGUCAGGAAACAGGCACUUGUAUGUAUGUCUUGGUAUGAAUAUCGCUACAGGACAAGAGUUGUCAGGAAACAGGCACUUGUAUGUAUGUCUUGGUAUGAAUAUCGUUACAGGACAAGAGUUGUCAGGAAACAGGCACUUGUAUGUAUGUCUUGGUAUGAAUAUCACUACAGGACAAGAGUUGCUGUUAGGAAACAGGCACUUGGUAUGAAUGUAAGUCUGUUUUACUGAAGCAUAAGGAAAGGAUAUUAAUAUCAGUAUGUACAUAUUGUAAGCACGUUUCUGAUCUUAUUGCAAAGUAGAAACCUUGACAAAUGCCUGAAACAGUUGGCUUGAAACACAGAGAAAGAGUUCCACAAUUACAAGUGAUCCGUUUACCGGUAAUUACAAGUUAGGUCAAAUUAGGCUUGGACUGGUAAUUCCUGUCCCGGUGGACAGGCAAAUAAAGUACCUUACAGCGGUA